AUGUUGGAAGAAGACUCAGAUCAAACCUACGAGAACGUCCUGGCUGAGAUUCAGUCCUUUGAGUUACCCAUUGAAGCUACUUUAAGGUCUGUGUAUGAUGACCAACCAAAUGCACACAAGAAGUUUAUGGAAAAGUUAGAUACUUGUAUCCGUAAUCAUGACAAGGAAAUUGAAAAGAUGUGUAAUUUUCACCAUCAGGGUUUUGUAGAUGCGAUUACAGAACUCCUUAAAGUAAGGACUGAUGCAGAAAAACUGAAGGUACAAGUUACUGAUACCAACCGACGAUUUCAAGAUGCUGGAAAGGAGGUGGUAGUCCAAACAGAAGAUAUUAUUCGAUGUAGAAUUCAGCAGAGGAAUAUUACAACUGUAGUAGAAAAAUUGCAGUUGUGCCUUCCAGUGCUGGAAAUGUACACUAAGCUAAAAGAACAGAUGAGUGCAAAAAGGUAUUACUCUGCUCUAAAAACUAUGGAACAAUUAGAGAAUGUAUAUUUUCCCCGGGUUAGUCAAUAUCGAUUUUGUCAGCUAAUGAUAGAAAAUCUUCCUAAACUCCGUGAGGAUAUUAAAGAAAUCUCUAUGUCUGAUCUCAAAGACUUUUUGGAAAGCAUUCGAAAACAUUCUAAUAAAAUAGGUGAAGCAGCAAUGAAACAGGCACAACAGCAGAAAACCUUCAGUGUUGCUCUGCAGAAGCAAAAUAAUGUAAAAUUUGGGAGGAACAUGCAUAUAAAUGAUAGAUUUACAGAAGAAAGGAAUGAAAUUGUGUUGAAACAUACAUUUGAGGAAGAGGAUGAGAAUGAAGAGGAGGUCUUAACUGUUCAAGAACUCGUUGAUUUUUCUCCAGUUUAUAGAUGUUUGCACAUUUAUUCUGUUUUGGGUGAUGAGGAAACAUUUGAAAAUUAUUAUCGAAAACAAAGAAAGAAACAAGCAAGACUAGUAUUGCAGCCCCAGUCAAAUAUGCAUGAAACAGUUGAUGGCUAUAGAAGAUAUUUCACUCAAAUUGUAGGGUUCUUUGUGGUUGAAGAUCAUAUUUUGCAUGUGACCCAAGGAUUAGUAACCAGGGCAUACACUGACGAACUUUGGAACAUGGCCCUCUCAAAGAUAAUUGCUGUCCUUAGAGCUUACUCAUCUUAUUGCACUGAUCCUGAUCUUGUUCUGGAGCUGAAGAAUCUCAUUGUAAUAUUUGCAGAUACUUUACAGGGUUAUGGUUUUCCAGUGAACCGGCUUUUUGACCUUUUAUUUGAAAUAAGAGAUCAAUACAAUGAAACACUGCUUAAGAAAUGGGCUACAGUUUUCAGGGACAUUUUUGAAGAAGAUAAUUAUAGCCCCAUCCCUAUUACGAAUGAAGAAGAAUAUAAAAUAGUCAUCAGUAAAUUUCCCUUUCAAGAUCCAGACCUUGAAAAGCAAUCUUUCCCAAAGAAAUUUCCCAUGUCUCAGUCAGUGCCUCAUAUUUACAUUCAAGUUAAAGAAUUUAUUUAUGCCAGCCUUAAAUUUUCAGAGUCACUGCACCGGAGCUCAACAGAAAUAGAUGAUAUGCUUAGAAAAUCUACAAAUCUGCUGCUGACCAGAACUUUGAAUAGCUGUUUACUGAACCUUAUUAGGAAACCUCAUAUAGGUUUGACAGAGCUAGUGCAAAUCAUCAUAAACACAACACACCUGGAACAAGCUUGCAAAUACCUUGAGGACUUUAUAACUAACAUUACAAAUAUUUCUCAAGAAACUGUUCAUACGACAAGACUUUAUGGACUUUCUACUUUUAAGGAUGCCCGGCAUGCAGCAGAAGGAGAAAUAUAUACCAAACUUAAUCAAAAAAUUGAUGAAUUUGUUCAGCUUGCUGAUUAUGACUGGACAAUGUCUGAGCCAGAUGGAAGAGCUAGUGGCUAUUUAAUGGAUCUUAUUAAUUUUUUGAGAAGCAUCUUUCAAGUGUUUACUCAUUUGCCUGGGAAAGUUGCCCAGACCGCUUGCAUGUCAGCCUGCCAGCAUCUGUCAACAUCCUUAAUGCAGAUGCUACUGGAUAGUGAGUUAAAACAGAUAAGCAUGGGAGCCAUUCAGCAAUUUAACUUAGAUGUCAUACAAUGUGAAUUGUUUGCCAACUCUGAGCCGGUGCCAGGAUUCCAGGGGGAUACCCUGCAGCUAGCAUUCAUUGACCUCAGACAACUCCUUGACCUGUUUAUGGUUUGGGAUUGGUCUACUUAUCUAGCUGAUUAUGGACAGCCAGCUUCUAAGUACCUCCGAGUGAAUCCAAACACAGCCCUUACUCUUUUGGAGAAGAUGAAGGAUACCAGCAAAAAGAACAAUAUAUUUGCUCAGUUCAGGAAGAAUGACCGGGACAAACAGAAGUUGAUAGAGACAGUCAUGAAGCAGCUGCGGAGUUUGGCGAACGGUAUGUCCCAGCACACAUAG